AGCAGGCCGUAGAAGUAGUUCAGGUUGAUGUCUGUGCUCUUGUGAUUCUGAAGAGCUUCCAGCAGGGCGGGAAUGAUUGUCCUCUUCUUUUCAAUCCUGGACAAAAGUUGAAAAAUGCAUACAUUUGUGGCCGUCGAGAGGUGCGGUGAUGACGUAUUAUUGAAUGUUGACUCAAAAGUUAGCACCGCAGGGGCUCCCUGGACUAAAAGCUAGUGGAAUUUUCUCCAUUGGAUUUUGGAAAAAUUGCAGGAAAUUAGAUGAAAACGUGACACUUUUUUCAAAGUAAAUUUUUGCCAUAUUAACGCUUAUCAUGCAAUCAUUGGAAGUAAAAUACUACAUUAUAGUCACAUGACUUGACUCCUUUGAUCGUCGCUAAGGGCCGGCUCGUGUCUGCGAAUAUAGUCUCAAAUAGUCAAAUUUAUGUCGUAAAACUAAAAAGUGAAUUUCCUAAAGUAGUGGUUACGACAGAUCUUAUUUCAGGUCGAGGGCGAGGGAACCUGGAAGUGCUAAAAUGCUAACUCACUUCCUGGGUUUAGGACUUAUUCCUGCACACAACAGUGAAAUAUUUUUCUUUUGCUAAAGCGUCCAACCUGUGGUCCAGGUUCCAUGUGCUGAACACGAUUCUGCUCUCCCUGCUGCCGUACGGGUUGAUGGAGUGGAGAGACUGGCACACUUUCUGCUCAUAUGAUCCCUGAAGAAGCAACAGAGGAGAAGCAGGUUCAAUGCUUUCACAUUUUUUUGUUAGUUUUUGUAAGAAAUUCAUAGAAAUUAAGCAUAUUUUAUUCUUCUAGUACCUGGCAGGUGAACCAUCCCUCCCGAGUACAGAGGCAUUGCUUUUCGGUCCUGUCGAAGUAGCAGCCGUUGUUCUUUGCCGUUUUCAACAUUUCCGCCAGACUCUUUGAUGUUUUCAGAAACUCUUCCCUGACUUUAGCCUUCUGUAUUGUUUUGGAAGCCCCAUCCAGCUGAGACACAGAAUCAGAAUACCUUUAUACAACACGACAAUUACACAGUAGAAAUAUUUUAGAUAUUUUCUAUACCAGAUGCCUUCAGAUCCAUUAAAAGACUUAAAGUCUUACCUCCUUCAUGUAGCCUCGUAUCCUGCUCUCACAGUUGAACUUCAUGUAGGCUGACUUUGUCUUGAAUCGAGUAUCAACACCUGAAAUGAGACCUCACAUGAACACUUUCGCAUAAACAGUCUCGUCAUGCUGGUCUGCUCUCUGCCAAAGAGUACGGUUUUGAAUUGCUUGGAAGAACUUGAGGAAUGUAGUUUUGUAAGAGUUUGCAAACAGAUGUUUUGGUAUCAUUUUGCUGUUAAAAAUGGUCCCCUAAUUACUUCAAAUAAUCAAAUCUUACCACUGUUUUUAAAAUCUUUUUUCACUGAGGCAAUGCAAUACAAUGUUAUUUUUGAGAAUUCAACGUAUCAAUAACUAAUGUAAUAUUUUGUGUGUGAGGUAUUCCUUCAAAAUGAGGGAAGGUUAUUCUUAUAACAAGACAUGUCUUUUACUUUCAUGGUGGCAGAAUGUAACCUAUGAAGCCAGCAGGUCUGUCAUAUAUGUCCACGGUCUACACUUUGUACCUUUGAACCAAUCUUCAUGCUCCCCCCUGCUCUCCAGCUCAGAUCUGUCCUCCAGGUUGAGCAGCAGGUCGUUCAGGAUUUUACGUCUUUGAGGAGACUUCUCAUCAGACAGGAGCCCUUUUGCUGCUUCGAUGAGGCCUUCGGCAUAUCGGUCUGUCUUCAGUAACUGACCAAUGUCACACACAACUGGAAUUGAAACCACACUGGUCAGAUAACAGACACCGUUUAGAGUUGAAACAUUUAUCUCGAGUGUCUAAAGAUGAUUCCCCUACCUCCGCUCCAUGUCUGAUCUCUGCUGAGAAUAACAAGUUCGGUGUGGUCCGGCAGAGUUUUGAAGAAUCCCUCUGUCACUGUUGUCCCAUCAGAAUACAAACAAACAUGUGCACCGGAAGAGGGCAACUGGAAAUGGCGUCAAAGUAUAAAACAUAAGAAAAAUAAAACAUGUUUAGAUUUAGGUGAAAUGUAACACCAUAAUAAGAUCUAUUUUUCCCUUUUCUCCAAAAGGGGUUCAAUUGAAGUUAUUUCAAAGGAUUAACCAAAGUGGUGUUCAGACCAGAGCAAAUAAAACAGGAAUUAAUUUCAGUUGUGUGUAAUUUGAAAAAAUGCAUUUAUUUAAUAGGUUUUUUUUCCCAUUAUUCAAAAGGAUUGCCCACUGGUAAACUUUGACAGCCAUCUCUGCAGAAAAACUGAAAGACUGAUGACAGAACAAGCUGAUCUGCAUUUUUGUCAUUCUAGUUCCCAUGGUUCUUUUUAGACUAGUUAAUAACAGUUGAUUACAUUUGAGUACAAGUUGUUCACAGAGCUAUCAAUGACAGUCUUUUCGGAUGAAAUAGAUAUCUAGCUAUGUUGCUGGAGGGCAGGCACUGUCAGCUUGUCUGGAAUGAAGAGACUAUGGUCAAAACAGAAGACAUAUCCAACAUGGCGGACGGCUGGAACGAAGAGUUUGAAAGAAGCCGACUGGUUCCUCCGCCCUGCCAGACAGUCCGCCUGGCUGUGGAGAGCCACCUCACCGAGUCCCAAGGCUUCCAGCUCAGCCUCAGCCGGCUCACUGCUGCUCACCUCCCGCAGGAAAUGUCAGAAGUUGAACAACAUAUGACCUACCAGCUACGAGUGACCCUGUUUGAUAGAAACCAUCAGCAAUUCUUUGGCAAAACUUGGAAGAGCCCACCCCAGAGGAGGAAAACUAACAAAAUCUCCUUCCACGAGGUCCUGUACUUCCAUACGUCUCUGCGGCUGCCCAGCACGGAGGUGGUUCUGGAGCUGGUGUCCUUGUCACCCAGGCCAGACGGCUCCCAGCAGGCAGUGGGGCGAGGCUUCACUGUCCUGGAGCUUUUCAGCAACAGGCCAGAGGCUCAGGCUGCUGAUGGGGACAGAAGGCUGAAUCUACACCAUGGAUCCCCAAGAAGCCUCCUACACCCUCUUCUGAAGGACACUGUUGACUACAGCAGUCUCCUGAAGACUAUAGAUGGAGCACAUUUAGAAUAUGUGAUAAAAAACCACCAGGCGUUGGUUUCCGUGAUGCACCUCCUUCCAGAAAAUGUCCUCAUAUCUGGAAAUGAGAACAUUCCAGGGCUUGCAACUUCUCCAACAGGGGAUGCUCUGCUGAGGCCUCAGCUGCUCAAGAUGCUGCCCUUCACCCUGAACAGACUGACCAUCUCCCUCCAGCCGUCCCUGGAGAAGUUUGAGGGCCAGCUGCUGCAGCUGAUCAAUGCUGACUGCCACAACACAAAACAGGGUCCAGAGGGUACACUGAAGGCCGUUGUCAUCCAGGAAAGGAGGCUCCAUGUCGGGGUCCACAAUGGCUUGUGUUUCAUGGACAAGCCCCAAGUGGUGGUGCUGGAGCCCCUAGCCAGAAGCCGAUCAGACAGCAGCUCCAAACAGAGCAGCCUGGUGAAGGACAGCUCUACAACAUCGCCCCCCCCUCAGACGCUUGGCCUUCGCAGCAGCUUGGAGCUUAAACUGACAAAUCAUCAAGCUAUCGCAAUCGUCUUCCAGCUGGAGUUCGUCUUCUCUGCUCCAAUUGGCCGAGAGACAAUGCUGUCUGCCACUUCCACAUCCCGAGCGGCCUUCUUGCAGUGCGUUCGUUGGGGGAUCUGGUUCCCCUUCCAGGGGCCGGUUGACUGGAAAGGGGAAGAAAUACAGAUUGUUUUGCAAGGAGGUGCAAAACCAAACCCUCAUGGAGUCAUGGUCUACAGCACGGAGAUGUCUGCCAAAACCCAGAGUCCUGUCACCCUCUCGCCUCGAGGCAGUGCUCAGGAGCAAAAGGAUAACAUGACGUUUCGGCUGUCGUCCAGCCUGGAGAGGAAGGCAUCCAGCCCAAAAGCGUCUCUGAGGACAAAGCAGGAGGAAGUGUCACGUCAGAGGAGAUCACCUUCAUCACCUUUGCAGGGUCAAAGAAAUAUUCUGCCAGCUUCUCCUCCAGAUUCUCCUCAAGGCCCCGGGCUCUCGCUGUCUCAGCUGGCAGCUACUUCACGCUACCCAACCAUCAGCCACUCCAGCUCGGCGUUGCCGUGGCAACAGUCGUUUCCCUCUCUGCUCCAUCCUUCCCCGUUGGCAUCGGCCCACCAGCUGUCACAUGCCGCCUGCUCAGGUGUCAGCAACAUCGCCCACCUGGAGAUGGACCUCCAGCGGGAAAGGGACGCGUCACCUUUUGCACAAGAUGAAGGAGCCCAACUUCAGGAGCUGCCCUUCACCCCUGUCCAUGCCCCUGUCAUCACACUGGGGAUGAAUGUACCCAGCUCCUGCUCAGCCAGCUCCAGGAGCGCACUGGCCCACCUCUACUCAGCUGACUUCCCCGACAUCAUUGACUCCGAUGGGCAGGUGGCUGAAGUCCUGGACCCCACAGAGCCUGUGACCUUUGACCCCAGGCGUGAAGAGACUGACCCUCUACAAGGCAACCUGCUGGUGUUCCAGUUUCUGGCGUUUACCAGGAUACCGACGGUGGGUGUUGGUCCUGAUUGGCCUGACAACGUCUACUUCACCUUCCAGUUCUAUCGCUUUCCACCAGUCACAUCACAGCAGCUCAAACUGCUCACCAGCGACAAGGUCCAACAGAAAGCUAGCACUCCACUUCCCUGCGUCCUGGCCUCCAUCAGCAAAGACGGCACUGUCAACUCCGGUUCCCCAGGCCUGCAGGUGCAGUUCAAAGUAGAUGAAAGCUUCCUAAGGCCAGGAGAGAAGCGCUGGUUCCUGCGUUACCUUGCCCUCCACACCAUGCACAUCGACAUCUGGGACAGCGACUCACUGCUGCUCAUAGGUUCUACCGCCAUUGAGCUCAAGUACAUGUUGCGUCUGGGUAAAUCGGCAGUGCAGGCCCUUCAUGAGGUGGAGGUGCUGACCACGGAUUAUGUAGGAGAGGACCUCCUGCUGACCAGCACUGAUCCGGCCCAACGGACAACCAUCAGCCCCAUGACGGUCCAGACCAUCAUCAGGGGCCGGCUCCACGUCCGCACAGGAAACAUAGGCUGCCCGGUAGAACCUAGCAAGAGGAGGGCAGCAGACGUGAUGCCGUCCCAUCCUCACAUCAUCACGCCUUGCGUAGUCACUGGUGGCUUCAGAGGAGGAAGCCUGUCCUCGAGAAACAUCCUCCCACUCAAUGCGAGGAAUGCUGCACAAGCACACAGACUGGAGAUGGAUGUGGAUAGCAGACCAUUGUUCAGACGCGGGAUCGGAUCGGACUCCUUUUUGCCUUCAGAGCACAACCCCGAGGCGGACGAUAUGCGCCGCAAGCUCGACUGCAUGGCCGCUGUUCAUCGACGGGAGGGCAAGGAAGUGGCGGAGGUCACGGGUCGGACUAAGGAAGCACGGUCGGCCAGAGGCCCUAAUCAGAUGAAACCCAGCGAACAACACAGCAAGGCAGAGUGUAUCGCCAACAUGCUGAGCCAGGCCAUUACUACCCAGCACCUGCUGUAUGCCAGCCUGGGCUCUGCUGAGUACGUGGAGUUUGUCCUUAAAAAUCCCUUUAACACACCUCAGACCGUCACGGUUCACAUUGACGACCCUGAGCUCAGCGUCAUCACUGAUACAGAGGAGUGGGGUUACUUCAAAUCCCUAACCAAAACUCCAACCCUGCUGGAGGAGAACAUGUUCCACUUGGAGGAUGGUGCUCCAGGUCCCAGGGUUUACGUCCGGCCCAAGGAGAGCCUCCAUAUUCCCCUGAAAUAUCAGAGCUUUAUCUGCGACCACACCAUGGCCCUACAGGGACCAAGCUUCCUUCCUACAGUCAAAGGUUCUCAGCUGGCCAAGAAGAAUCUGUCCAAUAUUGUCACCGCCAAGACGAUCAAGGUUACGUUCAAAGCAGAAGACGGCAAACCCAUGGCCAUCUUCCAGGUGAACGUGGAGCCGACACCUCACGUCGUGGACCAGACUUUCCGCCUCUACCAUCCCGAGCUCUGUUUCCUCAAAAAAGCCAUCCGCCUGCCGCCCUGGCAUGACCCCUCAGUCGCAGAUGCAAAUCUCAGUCACAUUUCCGUGCGAUGCAGUGACCCUAACAUCAUCUGCCAGACGAGGAUGCUGGUGCCAGGGGAGCCUCAGGAUGUCUACUUGAAAGUGCCAGGGAGUCCCAGUCCACUCAUGAAAAUGUUCUUUGUGAUGGUUUUUACUGAUAAGUGGAUGGCAGCUCCCUCCCAAAUCUGGCAGAUUUACGUGCAUUUCCUGGAGCGGGUUGAUGUCAGCUGUGUGAGUGGCCAGCGGAGCUGUCAAUCACUGGUGCUGAGGGGGAAGCAGGCUGUACGCAAGGUCAAAUGCUUCUCGUCCCAUCCACUGGAGAUUGAGGUGGACCCAGAGGCGGUGUUCGUUUUGCCUCCUGCAGCCGUGCAGGAGCUCCAGCUGAAGGUGCAGCCGUGGCGAGCAGGAAGCCGCUUCCUGUAUGUGAACGCGGUGGAUGUGGAGAACCGGCGGCUUGUGGCAUCCUGGCUGCUCUGUCUCAACGUCCACCGGCCUGUCCUGUCCAAAGCAUUUGAAGUGUGUGUCCCAGUGGGUAGUGGGCGUGGCAGCUCCAGGAAAAUCACCUACACCAACCCUUACACCAGCAGCCGCUCGUUUCUCCUCCGCUCGGACCAUCCGGACCUGCUGCAGUUCAAAGAGGAUACAUUUCAGAUCGACGGGGGGGAGAGUUACACCAUCGGACUACGAUUCGCUCCCAGCCAGAGUCCAGGCUCUGUGGAGAUACUGGUCUACGUGAACAACCUGCAGGAGAAGACGGAGGAGACUUUCUGUGUGAAGGUCAACUACUCCUGACCUGAAGAUGUUUGGUUCCUUCCUGGAAAUACUAACUAAUGUGUGUUUUGAAUAUAUUUUCUGAGUGUGAAAUUUCGGAAGAUUUAUUGGACCAGAUUAAAAAUAAACUAUUUUUA